AAAAAAAAAGAUGGUAAAGAUCUGCUGCCAUGGAGCUGGCUAUGUCGGAGGCCCAACAACGGCGGUGAUCGCCCUCAAAUGCCCUAAAGUCCAAGUCAUCGUUGUUGAUAUUUCUGAAACUCGUAUUUCAGCCUGGAACAGCGAUCAGCUUCCAAUCUACGAGCCAGGCCUUGACCAUGUAGUUAAGAAGUGCCGUGGUAGAAAUCUCUUCUUCAGCACUGACCUGGAGAAGCACAUCUCUGAGUCUAACAUCAUUUUUGUAUCUGUGAACACUCCAACAGAGACUCAUGACCUCGGUGCUGGCAAGGCUGCUGACCUCACCUACUGGGAGUCAGCUGCUCGCAUGAUAGCUGAUGUGUCGAGAUCAGACAUAAAGAUCGUAGUGGAGAAGUCCACUGUGCCUGUGAAGACUGCUGAGGCCACUGAGAAGAUUUUAACCCUUAACAGCAAAGGAAUUAAGUCCCGGAUCCUUUCCAACCCGGAGUUUCUCGCUAAAGGAGGUACGGCAAUCCAGGACCUCUUCUAUCCUAAUAGAGUCUUGAUUGGUGGCCGAGAGACUCCUGAUGGCCAAAAGUCGGUUGAAGCACUGAAAUCAGUCUAUGCAAACUGGGUCACAGAGGAUCGGGUUCUAACUACCAAUCUUUGGUCAGCGGAACUCUCAAAACUCGCUGCAAAUGCUUUUUUGGCUCAGAGGUUCUCGUCAGUGAAUGCGAUUUCAGCACUAUGUGAGGCCACGGGUGCUGACGUGGCGUAUUCCAUAGGCAAGGACUCUCGUAUCGGGGCCAGGUUCCUGAAUGCUAUUGUUGGUUUCGGUGGCUCCUGCUUCCAAAAGGACAUCCUAAACGUAGUCUAUAUUUGUGAGUGCAAUGGCUUGCCAGAUGUGGCUCACUGCUGGAAACAAGUGAUCAAGAUCAACGACGUCCUAAACUUAUCUAUAUUUGUGAACAGGAUAGUCUCCUCCAUGUUUAAUACAGUUGCAGGAAAGAAGAUUGCAAUUUUAGGGUUUGCCUUCAAGAAAGACACCGGUGACACGAGGGAGGCUCCUGCUAUCGAUGUUUGUAAAAGUUUGUUCGGUGACAAGGCAAAGAUCAGUAUUUACGAUCCUCAGGUGACUGAAGACCAAAUACAGAGGAAUUUGGUCAUGAACAAGUAUGAUAGGGACCAUCCUCUUCAUCUUCAGCCUUUGAGCCCAACCACUGUAAAGCAGGUUUCGUGGGAUGCUUAUGAGGCUGCCAGGGGGGCACAUGGUGUUUGCAUCUUGACUGAAUGGGAUGAGUUCAGGAAGCUCGACUACAAGAAGAUCUAUGACAGGAUGCGGAAGCCUGCAUUUAUUUUUGAUGGUCGCAAUGUGAUUGACCCCCAGAAGCUGAGGGAGAUUGGUUUCGUUGUGUACUAUAUUGGGAAGCCUCUGGAUCAGUGGCUCAAGGAUAUGCCAGCAUUCGUGUAA